AUGGACCGAGAUAUAGAGCAGGGCUUACCACGAGAACAGGAACAUUCACCAUUACUAAGCACUAACACAGGCGAAGCACAAGCCCAGAAUGAAAAUAAAAGUAAUCAUGACAGGAAACCUAAACACCCAGCUCUGCAGAUCCUCGCAGAUCCAUCAUCAGUGCUAUCGACUCCAAACUCCUCGCCACUAUCUGAGACUGCCGAGUUUCCGAAGAAAUGGAGACGGAGCGACCGCCGCACGAGACGUCUUAACACCGAGCUACUACAGGCAAUAGAAUCACAUAAUGUGGAGGAAGUUGAAAAAUUAUUAAAAGCCGGCGCAAAUCCCAACGCGACAUGCCGUUUAAGCAUGGUAUCGGCCUGCCACAUAGCCGCGCUAACUGGCGGAGACGCCCUAAGCCUUCUGGUCAAGUAUGGAGCAGAGAAGCAUCGGUUGGAUGAAUUGGGAAGGACGCCUCUUCAUCUCGCCGCAUAUGCGGGAAACGCUAGACAAAUGGCCAUACUUUUGGGGUUUUCUGAAGAUAUGCAAAAUAUCGUAGACGAUGAAAACAUGUCCAGCGAAGCAGAAGAAGACAUCAAAAAGCUCUGUCCUGAAGUUCAAGCGAUGGUAAACGUUCGCUGUGAUAUGGGUGAAGUACGACAGACUCUGCCUAACAUUUGGAAGGAUAAUAUCGACCACAAUUGUCUCAGCAUUAAGGGCUCUCUACCACUACUCCAAGGAGGUUGGACACCAUUACAUGUGACUGCAUCUUGUGCUCGUCGCCAUUGCACAAGGUUACUUUUAGCAGCCGGAGCUAAUCCAAACGUCACUGAUGAGGAAGUUCGAACAGCUCUUGAUGUCGUUGGAUCGGCACAUUACCAUGAUCAAGAAAUUGAUCCUGUCAAUUUGCCAGCAGUAAUUAAAAUAUUAGUAAAAUCCGGCGCAACAACAAACACCAUGAAACCAAAAGGACUUAGCGAUAUAGAUACACCUCUCCAUACAGCCGUUGAACUUGGAAAUAUGGAUGCCAUUAUGGAACUGCUCGCGAUAGGAGCAUCAGUUGACUGCUUGAACUCCGAAGGACAGACUCCUAUGCACAUUUGUAUUAUAAAGAAACUACAAGAACCCCUGCAGGUAUUGGCAAACUAUGAAUAUUUGAAUGCUGAUCCACAUUCAGCUGUUGUAGACGUGAAAGACAAGGAGGGUUAUACGGUACUUCAAGAAGCAAUUGAUAAAGCCUGGUUGCCAGGUGUAUGUAUUGCUUUAGAAGCUGGAGCAAAUGUUACUCUCAAGGCAAAUGACGGCGAAACACCAGUUCAUUCGGCAGCGGAUUUAGGAAAUUUGGACGUGCUUCUAGAAAUACUAAGUGUUGCUAAACAAAAGGGUAUUAUUGAUUGCCAAAACGACGAAGGCGAGACCCCAUUGUUCAAAGCUAUCAAAAAUGGGCACCUAGACUGUGUAAACGCACUUUUAGAAGAAGGUGCUUGUAUCAAAAUUAAACUUCCUGGUGAAAUUAACGUAUUGCAUAAAGCUGCAGAGUAUGGACACACCGAAAUCUUGAAAACGUUAUUGGAACACAAUAAUGGAGAGAUAUUACCUAUGAUUAAUUCCCUUUCUACAAGUGAGUGGAGAGGCUUUGGUCCUAUUCAUUUCGCUGUUAUGAGUGACAGUGUUGAUUGCGUAGAGCUGUUAUUGUCUAAAAAUGCCGAUAUAAGACUAAGAACCACUGACAGCCCACACUUUUCUUCAACUUCCUUGCAUCUUGCCGCUGUAAAGAACUAUGCAAAUGUCGCCCGAUUCAUAGUAAAUGUGGAUAAAACUACCAUUCACGAAGUUAAUAGCAAAGGAUGGUUCCCACUUCAUUCGGCAAGCCACCAUGGAAGUAGAGACGUCAUAAAAGUAUUACUCCAAGAGGGAGCCAAUUUAUCUGGAUAUACUGAUGGACCCAAAAAGUUACGACGUUCAGCGAUCGACAUGAUUAUAAAUACUUUAUCGAAUCCGACAGAAUUCUUGGAAGAAGUAUUUGAUUCUUACAUAAAAUCGAACAAUGUCAACUUUCACGAUCCAAAUUGCGAGAUAACUGUCGAUUAUAGAAUACUAAUGCCCACAGUUUGCGAAAUGGAGCAGAUGAAAGUCAUUGAAGGUCUUCUGAAGACCGGCAAUAGAUAUGGUCAGAAGAAAUUGCUUGUUCAUCCACUAGUGGAGAGUUUCCUUCAUUUAAAAUGGAAGGUUUUACAACCGUUUUUUUACAUCAUAGUCGUGUUUUAUUCUCUGCUAGUAUGUUCCUUGACUAUAUUUACAGUUAGUGUCUUCUAUUAUAAAGAUACAGCAAGUCAGCCGCCUGCGUUCCUGAAUCCUAGUAUAUGGGCGUACGUUAUAUACGUUUCUGUUGUUUUAAUAAUAUUGCAGGAAAUGCUGUACACCAACAUUAAAAGCAAGCGACAUUUGUUCCAAUUGGAAACCUGGGUUAAAUUUGGGUCAGUUGGACUUGCUAUGGUUAUACCUUCCGCUAUAAAAUUAGCUGGUGAAGCAGUUUGGCCACGACACGUCGCUACGCUAGCUCUAUUAUUUUCUUGGAUAGAGCUUAUGUUCUUACUAUCACGGUUCCCAAGUUGGGGUUACUAUGUUUUGAUGUUUGGAAAAGUAGCGAUGAAUGUUAUAAAAAUUUUACUGACCUUCGCUUUCAUAAUAAUUGGAUUCUCCUUGAGUUUCAUGAUCCAAUUCCAUACACAGAUACCGUUUGAGAGCCCAUGGGCGGCUUUGGUCAAAACCUUAGUAAUGAUGACGUCAGAGUUCGACUAUCAAGCUCUAUUCGAUAAGGAAAAUUCCAGGGAACUUGCCAUGUCUUUGAUCGUUGUUCGUUUUAUAUUUUUAUUGUUUCUUAUUUUAGCGGCCAUUGUUUUAAUGAAUUUAAUGGUCGGUGUUGCCGUUAGUGACAUAAACGACUUAGCGUUAUUAGGAAACAUCGAUAGACUGAGUAAACAAGUACAAUUUCUUUGCACACUGGACAAUUUGGUAUACAAUCGAGUUUUUACCUUGAUUCUGCCCAAUAGACUGAUAGAACACAUAAAGGAGAAACGAAGGGUAGUCAGUACGUUGAUCAUACCGUCUCCCGGUAAGCCUAAGUGGAAAUAUUAUAAGUUAAUACCGUCACACUUGCGAGAGGCCAUCCUAACAAUAGCUCUGGAGAAAAUGAAACAGAAAGACGAGGAAAUCAAUCUAGAAGUAUUCAAGACGAAAAUUGACGAGAUGCAUUCGGCCAUAAUUUGUCUUCAGGUGAGGAAAGAGAAAGAAGUAGAGAAACCAGAUAAUCCGCUGAUUCAAAAAAUGAAGUAUGACGAAGUAAUGAAACGUUUGAAUGUAUUAGACGAUGGUAUUGCAAGCGUAGAUGAGAAAAUCACUGGUUUCAUUGAAGAAUCGAAAGUUCCUGUAGAGAGUUUAAAAGCACAGAUGCAACAAAUGUCUUCAGAAAUUCAGAGUAUAAAACAAGUAUUGGUUCGACUGGAAAGCAAGUUAUUUAAAUAA